CUUCCCUCGACCUCUCUCUUCUCCGUUCCUAGGGCCCAUCCUACUCGGUGUUUGAUGCUUCAGAAUGCAACAUUCACCAGUAAGACAUCUUUCCUACGCAUUAAGCGGAUAACAGCCCAGGCUUAUCGUAACUUAGAUGCUCUAUUUAGACGGCCAACCCAUCGCUGCAAAGAAGGUCGAGCAACUGCACCCACGCCGCAAGACAGUACACCGCCUCGAAAUUGAACCAUGUUCAUCUAGGCAUAUCAUUCCACCAACGACAACAACCGUCAUUGUCAAGCAACAAAAGGAUGGGUGGGAGGAGGAGUUUCGGCUUGAAAGAGAAGCCUAUGACAGACUGCACGAACUUCAAGGGACGAUGAUUCCCGUCCUUUUUGGCCAAGGCUCGUUUAACGGACUCCCGGCCCUUAUUCUUUCCGAUAUUGCCGGCACUACUCUUCAUGACAUCAAGGUCCAACAAUGCCUCUUGCAAAGUCAACUUGAAAAGACCUCAAAGCCUUACAUGAGCAUGGAGCAGAGUAUUGGGACCAGAAGGUGGACAAUUUUUUAUUCUGUGAUAAUAGCAAUGUGAUGAUUGUUGAUCUUGAGCAAACCCGAAUCGUCCGUCAUCACCUAUUCCUCUUCCCUAGCAAGUGGAGGUUGAGACUCAGAAAAUUGGGGGACCGGCGACGCAAGUGGGUGAAUGUAUUAGAUUCACGGGGGCUGGUAAAGAACUGGGUGGAACAUAAACCUUGAGUUAAUCCACUUAUUUUUUAUAAAAAAAAAAAAAAGAUUGUUUAAACUAGAUAUUCAUCACGUUUGCAAUUAACUGCUCUUUUAUAAUCGCCAUC